AUGGACCCGCCAGAGAAAAAGACGCGCGAAAGCACGUCCAAGGUGCGCACAGGCUGCCGCACCUGCAAAGCGCGGCGAGUCAAGUGCGACGAGGCCAAGCCCGUCUGCAAGCGCUGUGCGGUCGGCGGGCGGUCCUGCACGUACGUACCUGCAAAGGCUGCGUCGCCCGUGCGGCAGAACGUCAUUGUCGUGUACGUGCCGCCGCUUCCGCCGCUGCCACCGCCGCUGCCACCGCCGUCUGUCCACGACGCCGGCAUCGACUUCUUCCACCACCACAUCGCCGCGAGCCUCGACGGCCAGGUCGACCCGCUCUUGGGAUCGGCGUUUUGGGGCCGGCUCGUGCUGCAGCUCGCGCACGCCGAGCCCUGCGUCCGGCACGCCGUCGCGGCCGCCAGCCUCGUGCACCAGGACGUGCAGCUGGCGCUGCGGCACCCGGCGGGCUACGUGGCGGCGAACCGGUGCGCGCACGCGGCGUGGCAGAGGGCGGCCCAGAGCCUGGCAGCGCGCAUCCAGCGGCAGCCGGACGUACACCUGGUGGCGCUGGUGUGCUGUCUGCUGUUUACGCUCAUUGAGUUUCUGCGCGGCCGCGCCGCAAUGGCGAUGCUGCACGUCGAGAACGGGCUGCAGAUCCUGGCGGCCCACCGCCAGAGCCGACGCGCCAAGGCGACAAUCACGUCGUCACGCCAUCAAAGUCGAAAUCGAAGGCGAGACCGCAGCGCCGUCGAGGACACCAUUCUGCCCAUCUUUGCGCGGCUGAACAUCAUGUCCACGCUCGCGGGCAAGAUGACGCCGCCCGCCUAUGGUACCAUGGACGACUACGACGGCGACGACGAUGAUGAUGACGACGACGAAGCCUUUGACCUCGCCGACGUCGAGCUGCGGCUGGUGGCCAUCCUGGACACGUGCAUUCGGUUCAUCGGGCAGGCCAGUACCAAGGCCGCCGCGCUGGCGAUUGACGUGGCGGACUUUGCCGAGCAGACGCGGCUGCAAACCAUGCUCGACGCGUGGCGGCGGCAGUUCGAGCGGCUGGUCGGCCGAACGAGCGGCACGCGCCGAACGCGCGCUGUCGGCCUCCACCACCAGUUCAUGGUCCACGUCAAGGCCGUCGGCGUUUGGCUGCGCGUGUGCACGACGGCCAGCGAGACCGCCGUCGACGCGUACCUGGCCGACUUUGUCGAGCUGGUCGACCACGCCACGCACGUGGUGGGCGGCCCCCACGCCACACAACAACAGGCCCUCGUGUCGUUUGACAUUCAGGUCCUGGGCCCGCUGUACUACACCGCCCUCAAGUGCCGCCACCCGGCCACGCGGCGACGCGCCCUCGCCCUGCUCCGGUGUGCGCCGCGCCGCGAAGGCCUGUGGAACGCGCACGUCGCCUACGCCACGGCGCAGCGCGUCAUCGAGCGCGAAGAGCGCCAGCUGGACGCCCGGGGCUGGCCCGCGGAGGCGGCGCGCGUGCACGGGCUGCCGCUGGCCGACGAAGAGUCGCGGGUCCGCGUGGUGGGCCCGGACCUCGGCCACGUCGGCACACCCCUCGACCUCGACUUCAACCUCGACAUUGUCCUGAGCCCGGCGCACCCGGCGGCGCUGGAGACCGAAUUCCGGACGAAGCCGUGGGGCCUGGCCGGGCCCUGGCACGUUGCGCAAGAGUACAUUACGCCAUGA